GACCUAACAGGCUAACAGUGAAACGCCCACUCUUUAUUUCUCAAACAAUGGCAUCCUCCAUCACAAAGAUCCCCACCACAUCUCUCUUCAAGCACGUCAUUUCUUCCUCACCAAAGCCGCCCGUUUUCCGGUUCUUUUCCACCGUCACCACCGAGAACCGGACCCAGAAACUAGAGCGCAUCGCCGACGAGCUCUUAGAUCUUACAAAGCUCGAACGCUAUGAUUAUUCCAUCCUCUUCCGCCUCAAACUCGGGCUCAACCGCUACGGCCCCGCCGUCUCCGGCGUCACCUCCCCCGCCGCUUCGGCACCCGGAGCCAGCGCAUCCGAAACGAAAGCCUUGGAGAAGACGGCGUUCGAUAUAAAGCUGGAGAAAUUCGAUGCGGCGGCGAAGAUAAAGAUAAUCAAAGAAGUGAGGUCGUUUACGGAUUUGGGAUUAAAAGAAGCUAAAGACUUGGUGGAGAAAGUUCCGGUGGUCGUUAAAAAGGGCGUUACGAAAGAAGACGCUGAAUCUAUUAUUAAGAAGCUCCAGGAAUUGGGUGCUACUGCGGUACUUGAUUGAUUCUUUCUUUCUUCCUUCCUUUUAAUUUUGAAACAACAUUGUUCUGAUGAAAUUGGGAAAGAAGUUAGACGAAUAUAUUUUUGUUCUUGUCAUUACCAUUAGAAUUUGAAAAAUGGAAAACUUUGCCUGAAUCAAUUUAGUCCAUUUACACAAGUUUGGGCUAUUUCGGUUUA